AUGGAGACCCUCAGGGAAAUAGUGCGCGAUGCACCGUUUGGUCAGCUCGUUCGCUACGCAACACGUAACCGCGUCUUCAAGUAUCCAGAAGAGUUACCUGGCUUUGAGAUUCCUCCUGCAUACACUGAAAGAAACACUAGAGCCUCGGGCUCGACGACUCAAGCGCACUCUAACAACUCCGCAACCGCCAUCAGCCAGCCAAACCCGGACCAGACCACUAACGCUCCCCUUCCAGACGACCUAGAGAAGCUUCCCUCUCGAACAGAAGAUAUUGAGAAAGCCCAUUCGCGUAACUCAACCUCAACAGACCACGAAGAACUCGGUGUCCCAGCAGCCACAAUCGCUUCGCAUACCCUCCCCUUCAGUCCUGAACGCCUUGAAGCCGAACGUCUCGAAGCCACUCUCUCACUCCAUGGCACGCGCUCAGCACCUCAUGCUAUCGCUCCUACAAAGACAGCCGACGGUCUCAUAUUGGCAGAAUGGUACACCACUACCGAUCCAGCCAACCCUCACAACUGGUCUCGGGGGAAGAAAGCUUGGACGGCGUUUCUGAUCUGUCUGUAUACGUUUAUCGUGUAUGCAGGGAGUUCGAUUUAUGUUAGCAGUCAGAUGUUGGUUAUGGAGAGGUUUGGAGUGGGUGCUUUCAAGGCGAGUUUGGGGUUGGCGUUGUAUGUUUUGGGUUACGGAAUUGGACCGUUGUUGUUUGCGCCGCUAAGUGAAGUCCCGCAACUCGGCAGAAACAUACCUUACAUCACUACCUUCGCUCUCUUCACCAUCUUGACUCUACCUGCUGCACUAGUGGACAACCUCGGCGGUCUCCUCGUCCUCCGUUUCUUGCUAGGUUUCUUUGGAAGUCCGUGUUUAGCGAAUGGCGGAGCAAGUAUGCAGGAUCUAUAUGCUCUGCUGCAGUUACCCUAUGGUCUUGCUUUCUGGACGGCAGCCGCAUUCGCUGGACCAGCACUUGGACCUCUUCUGUCCGGGUUUUCUGUGUAUGCCGAGAAUUGGCGCUGGUCACAGUGGGAACUCCUAUGGAUGGCCGCCCCAGUAUUCCUCCUAUUCUUCUUCUUCUUGCCGGAAACACAACCUACUACCAUCUUGCUGCAUCGCUCUGCUCGCCUUCGUGCACUAACAGGCAACCCAAACAUCCACACGCAGACAGAGAUCGAUCGCAAAGGCAUCAAGUUCUCCGCCACACUCGCAGAUGCUAUCAUCAAGCCCUUGGAAAUUUGCGUAAAAGACCCUGCUCUCUUCUUCAUCAACGUCUACUCCGCUCUAACCUAUGGUAUCUACUACUCCUUCUUCGAAGUCUUCCCCUUGGUGUAUCUUGAGAUAUAUGGAUUCAAUGUUGGCGAGAUGACGAUAGUCUUCUUAGCAAUUAUUGUGGGGUGUUUCAUCUCGAUUACGAUUUACUUUUCAUAUCUGAAGUUCUAUCUCACACCGGAUAUUUUGAAGAGAGGGUUGAGGCCACAGGAACACAGACUUGUGCCAGCAAUAUUCGCCAGUUUCGGUGUGCCGGUUGGAUUGUUCCUUUUUGGCUGGACGGCUCGUCACUCCGUACACUGGAUCGCUACAGCCAUCGGUAUCACCAUAUAUUCGACCAGCGUUUUUAUCAUCUUCCAGGCUGUCUUUUCAUAUGUUCCCAUGUCCUACCCAACCUACGCUGCAUCUCUCUUUGCAGGCAACGACUUUUGUCGCUCGGGUUUCGCUUUCGGUUCCGUGCUCUUCUCCCGCCCCAUGUAUAUCAACUUAGGUAUAGGGAAAGGCAUUAGUCUUUUGGGUGGGUUGAGUGUUAUGGGCAUUGUAAGUCUGAACGAAACAGAGAAUUGGCGAACGCAAGCUGACUCGAUCUAG